AUGUCAGCCAAUGGCACUGCUCGAGAUCUGCCUAUUCAUGAGAAGGCAGAAUUCAAUAUUGGCAUUGACCAGUUGACAUACCACAAUGAAGCACUGGUUGAUAACUUAAAGGCAGAUGUGAAACCUGACCAUGUUGCCUUCCAUGCGGUAGCUUACAGUAAUUCCAGUCCCGGGGUGGUCAUUUUCGAUCACGUGAUCUCAAAUAUUGGAAGCGGAUACGACAAUAGCUCCGGGAUUUUCACUGUACCAACAACAGGUUUUUAUGUGUUUUCUUGGAGCAUAGAAACAUUUGGACAGCUGACAGAAUGUGUUCUUCUAAAGAACGGAUUACAAAUAGGAACGUCAAAGUCUGACCAAGCUUCAUCAUACUAUGACACAACUACUUCUUUUGCCGUCGUUCACCUUACAAUAAAUGAUAAAGUCUGGAUCAAAGUAAAGAGUGGACGUGCAGAGGCGAUGCAUACGAUGUUUUCUGGCUGGAUGAUCAAUAAAACAGAUAGCACAGCAUUUUAUGCUUCACUUUCCCGUGAUAUAACUGGUUCUCCCAUAAUCUUUAACAACGAAACCCUAGACACAGAUGAUGCUUACUCCACGUCUACCGGGAAGUUUGUGGCGCCUCGUUCUGGUCUUUACAUUUUUAUGAUGUCCGGACUUAUUUAUGGAAGUUACGAAUUCGCUUGCAAGUUUAUCGUCAGUAACGGUUAUUCUCAGCCAGAAGUUUGGGUAGAUUCGACUAGUGGGUAUUAUGACAGUGGCAGUUACAUGACAUUUGCCUGGAUGAAUACUGGUGACUCUGUGUAUAUAGAGGCCCAGAGGUUGACGACUACGUCCAUGUUUGCAGGAUGGCUGCUGGUGGAUGACACAAACGUGUCACAAUCAACAUAUCCAGGUUUUUCAGCUCAUAUAAACAGUCCAUCUUCCACAACACCAGUUGUUUAUGAUAGUCCUCAUGGUACGUAUCACCAUGGCUACUCAACAAGCACGGGAAUAUUCACUGCCGAUCGUGAAGGAUUAUAUUUGUUUUUGUAUAAUACGGAUGCUAAAAGUGAAGUUGUACGUACUGCACUCACAGUCAACGGAGUGGAAAUAUUCGAAACAAGGUCGGACGGACGUCGCACUGUAUAUGAUGACACUUCUGCUGUAGCUGUCCUUCAUUUGUAUUCAAACGAUAGUAUUUUUAUAAAAAUUAAAGAUGGGACAGUUGAUGGUUAUGAGUCGCUAUUUUUUGGCAUACUUCUCUUUCAAAUGUGAUAUCAUUCUUUUUUCUUUUUAGGUAGGAUUCUUCUCAUAUUUUUUGUUUUUAAAAAUUAAUGAAAUUUUCAUAGAAUCAAGAAGACAAUAUUACUAAGUGAUGGUAUCAGUCGGAUUAAAUUUGACCGUUUAAUAUCAGAGGCUCAAAUCUUUAAGUAGAUUGGAAGCUUUUAAAAGCUAACAUAGUUCUAGUUUGUUCGAAAAAAAGUCAUAGCUAUUUGAUAUAUUUUUAAACUUUAGUCCCUUAUUAUUUAUUCAACUUAAAUGUAAAAGUUUUUCAAGUCUUUGAAAGUGUAAAAAUAAUAACUGAAUUUAUUAAUCCAUGAUACUUUUUGAG